UUGGAGUUCCGGGCCUGUUGUAUCCUCCAUAAUUUGCUGCAAUCUGGGGGGGCUAUGCCAGAUGCGGACGGGGAGCUCAGUGAUGCGUCGUCUCCCGAUGCUCCACCUCAGGAUGUUGACCUCCGUGUUGAAGGCGCCCCAUUGGAGUUUAUGUUUGGCAGGGAGCGCGGCCAGGCGGUGCGGGACGCAUUGUGCGCUGAGGUUGUCCGUUUGUGGGAGCUGCGGCAGCGACAGGCCGUUUAGUUGGUUCAUCGUGGAUUGUUUAAGCCCUAUUGCAGGCUCCCCGAUUCACACAAGUCUUACAAUUCUCCUUGCAGUUGCAGGUGUUGGGUUCGGGGCUGCCCUCUCUCACUGUUUGUACUUGCUCGACCACGACGACAGUGGUGCCAUGGCGGGAAAUGUGUCACGCAGGAACUACGUGUUCGAGAAGCAUGUGCUCAUCCAGAGCUUGGAUAGGACGGAGGCGGAGGUCGCACGGCUGCAUAGGUUCCUGGUUACGAGGGCCGACAACUUCACAAUCACACUGAGGAGCAGGGGGAGUGAACACACGACAGACAUAUCCUUGGAGAACAUACAUGAUCGCCACAGGGCUUCCUCCGUGUUGAGACGGCUGCGCGAGUCGCGUGACGCUCUACGCCAAUGUUGUGACGAUGUUGUCGGCAACAAUAUGCAGCUACGCCGACAGCUUGAUCGUUGGAGACGUGUGGCUGAGGACAUGCGGGAAAGAUUUGAGCAUGCUUCCCGUGCUUUGGACACUGCUGUGCAGCAGAGGGAUGAUGCCAUGCGCAGGUUGGAGUCCGCUGAGGAGGAGUUGAGAGUGGCGCGGGCUCAGGCAGAGACAGCAUGGCGGUUUUAUGACGAGGUGCUUCACGGCGUAGCAUGUGAAGGCAUGACAGAGGGUGAGCAGCUGGCAACGCAGUUGGACCGCUUGUGUGUUUCGGGGAAGGGGAAAGGGAAGGAGGCUUCGACGUCGUAAGCCUCUUCCUGUAGUGCCUGCGACGCCAACCGCGCCGCUUUGUUGGAGAAGGAGAAGGAAAUUGCGAGU